AUGGCGGCGCCCGUCCUGCCUCUGCAGCAGGUUAAGCUUGCCUCGUUGCCUUCGACGCAAUUAACGCCGGAGCAACAAUACUGGCGAACCUUUAAAAACCCUCUCUUGAUCCCCUCACCGGCCAAUGGUCCCGUCAAUCUCAUCACUCAGCCCGCCGUCCCCUCCUCCGCCGCGGCCUUCCCAUCCCUCACAUCACCGCCCGAUAUCUUCACCGUUACAACAGGCGCACGAGUUCAGAUCUACUCUAUUCGCACACGAAAGCUCCUGCGAACAAUUACCCGAUUUGAGGAUACUGUGCGCAGCACGGAUGUUCGUCCCGACGGUCGCGUCUUGGUCGCAGGUGACGAUACAGGUGCCGUGCAGGUUUUCGACGUCAAGUCGCGCGCCAUUCUGAAGACAUGGAAGGAACACAAGCAGCCCGUCUGGGUGAGCAAAUUCUCACCCAGCGACCCUACGUCGCUCCUCACAGCCAGUGAUGACCGCACCGUACGGACAUGGGACCUAGCGUCGCAGAACAGUUCGCGCUCUUUCGUCGGUCACACCGAUUACGUCCGUACUGGUGCUUACAUGCCUGGUUCCAUGGCUUCUUCCGGUCUGGUUGUCUCUGGCUCUUAUGAUCGCACCGUUCGUCUCUGGGAUCCCCGCGUGGCGAACCGCGCUGCUAUGACUUUCAAGAUGGGUGCGCCGAUCGAGAGCGUCCUGCCCAUGCCUGCUGGAACCACGGUUCUGGCCUCUGCCGAUAACAAGAUCGCUGUGCUUGAUAUUGUUGCCGGAAAGCCUUUGCAUAUGAUUCAGAGUCACCAGAAGACCGUCACCGCUCUCGCGCUGGCCUCAAAUGGUGAGCGCCUGCUCUCUGGUGCGCUUGAUGGACACAUGAAGGUCUUCGAGACCACGGGUUGGAACCCUGUCUCUGGAUCCAAGUACCCGUCACCUAUUCUUUCUCUGCGUGCGAUUACCUCCGGAACUGAACAUGAAGAUAAGCACAUUGCCGUCGGUAUGCAGUCUGGUUUGCUCUCCAUCAAGACCCGUCUCUCCGGUCAACAGAAGAUCAAGGAGAAGGAACGCCGGAAGGAAAUGGCCGCCCUGCUCGAGGGCAAGUUGGAGGAGCAUGACCGCGAAGUCGCCAAGAAGAACAAGACCCGCGGUUCGGGUUGGGAUAAGCGUCUGCGCGGACGCGACUUCAUUGGCGAAGGCGUCGAGAUCGUUAUUGAAGGCCAAGACGGCAAGAAGCGCAAGAGAGAGGCAUCAUGGGAGAACGACCUCCGCAAAGCUCGCUAUGCCGUUGCUUUGGACCAAGUGCUCGCCUCCGGCGAUAAGACCUCCACCCUCACAUGUCUUGCAGCCCUCCGCCACCGCUCUGCCCUUCGCGCCUCCCUCAAGGACCGCGACGAAGUCACUCUCCAGCCCGUUCUCCAAUGGGUGCACAGCCACAUCCGUGAGCCGCGCCUGGUCGAUCUCACCGUCGAGAUCGCCAUGAAUCUCCUCGAUAUCUACUCCGGUAACCUUGGUCAAUCUGCACAAAUCGACAAGAUGAUCGAGCGUCUGCAUGGCCGGGUCCGCAACGAAGUGGAGAUGGCUCAGCAGGCAUGGCAAACUAAGGGUAUGCUUGACAUGUUGAAAGCCUGA